GAGGAGCUGCUCGAGCAGCUCGGAGAACUGCAGGCGGGCGAUGAUGGCCGGCCGCUGAUCAUCCUUCUUGGGCAGGAGGCGUGGGCGCAACCUCUGGCAGAUUGGGUUGAGGCUCAGAAGGCCAUGCAAGUUAUUCGUCGCGUUCCCUUCGUGGUUUGCACGUCCGUCGACAGCGACCGCAUCGGUGCUUCGCACUCGUCCCAGCUCUUCCAUGCGCUGCUUCCCCGAACCUUCACACAGCAGGACGUCAGAUGGAGCCUGGAAUACUGCAGGCUUUGGUGGCUGACUCGGUGCGUCGGGCCCUACCAGAAGCCCUCUGAUGAGGUCCGCUUCGACGGCAGCGGCACAGAGGAAGAGCUUUCCGAGGAAGAGGACGAUUCGGACAUGGACUGA